AUGUCCGGGAUCUUGUUUGAGGAUAUGUUCAACGUCGACUCUGUCGACAACGCCAGAUACAACAAGGUCAGCCGUAUAGAAGGUCAGUCCUCGACGGCUCAGGAUAUCAAGAUCACCUUGGACAUCAACAGCGAGUUGUUCCCAGUCAAGGAGAGCGAUUCGUUGACGAUCACAUUGGCUUCUUCCUUGGGUAACGAGGAUUCCAUGAUCACGUCCAACGGUUCGUGGAGACCACCAAAGAGAGGCGACCGCUCAUUGGCUGACGAUUACGACUACGUCAUGUUCGGUACCGUCUACAAGUUCGAGGAGAGCCAGGACAACGACAAGAUGGCUGUUUACAUUUCUUUCGGCGGUUUGUUGAUGCGUUUGGAGGGAGGCUACCGUUCGUUGUCGAACUUGAAGCAGGAAAAUGCAUACAUCUUGAUCCGUCACUACAAGGACAACUAA